AGAAUCUUGCAUUAAACCCUACUCUCACUCCCUCCAACAAUGAAACUCCUAAUGCAAUCAAUUUCUGGUACUCCCUUCUCUUGAUUUCCCUUUCCACUAGAUACAACCCGGUGCAACUAAAAGCUUGCUUUGAGUCCCGCCACCGAAGCCGGAACGAAUCCUAGACCGCUUCACUUGCCUCUCAAUCAUCGUCGGCCGCCAGUGCAGAAUGGCUAAUGAAGAAUAUAAGGUUACUGGGUCGAGUUCUCAGAAUGAAGGGUGUCCAAAGUCCAGUGCAGAAAGGGCUACAAGUAGGAAGAAUAAAAAGAAAAAGCAAUCGCAGGAAAGUGUAAAAACAGAGUAUGAACAGGAGAUCCAUGAACACAGCCCUCCAGCUGGAGGGAAUUUACAAGCUGGUGAUAUGAGGAUGGAAAGUGGGAAAAAUAAAAUAAAGAAGAAAUUGUUGGAGGAAGCUUCUUUAAGCAAGGAAGGUAGUAAAAAAUCUAAUGGUGAGAGGAAAAAGAAAGUAAAGGAAACAAAAAGGCAAUUAUUACAGAAAACUGCUGAGGAUGAAGAGGAAGAUGUUAAUACAGUGGGUUUUCCACAGGAGGUGAAUCCAGCAGCUGAAGGUGGAAAAAUUGAAACUGCAAAAGGCAAGGAAGAAGAAGAGGUCAUUGGAAUAAAUCCUAUAGAAGAAGAGGUCAUUGGAAUAAAUCCUAUAGAAGAAGAGGAUCCAAAAUCCAAUGUUGAAAUGGUCAAUAGGCUUCAAAAGAAGAAGAAGAAGAAUAAAGAGCAGUUACUAAAGGAAGCUGCUAAGGCUGACAAGCGUGGUGUUUGCUACUUAAGUCGAAUCCCUCCCCACAUGGAUCAUGUAAAGCUUCGUCAUAUUCUUUCCCAAUAUGGAGAAAUACAGAGGAUCUACCUUGCACCUGAAGAUCCCACUGCUCGAGUAAAUCGCAAAAGAGCUGGUGGAUUUCGAGGUCAAGAAUUCUCUGAAGGGUGGGUUGAAUUUACCAAUAAGAGCAUUGCAAAAAGGGUUGCCAAUAUGUUAAAUGGUGAACAAAUAGGUGGUAGAAAGAGGUCUCAAUUCUAUUAUGACCUUUGGAAUAUCAAAUACUUGAGUAAAUUCAAGUGGGAUGAUCUUACAGAAGAAAUUGCAUAUAAGAGUGCUAUGCGAGAGCAGAAAUUAGCUCUAGAAAUUUCUGCUGCAAAGAGGGAGCGGGAUUUCUAUCUCAAUAAGGUGGAUCAAUCUCGUGCUUUGAGUUCUAUAGAAGAACGAUUAAAAAAGAAACAAAAGGUCCAACAAGAGUCAGGAGGUCAACUCUCUGUUGGUGAGCAAGCACCGAAGGUCAUCCGUCAAUUCCCACAGACAAAACCAGUUGCAAAUAAAGUGGAAGAAAGCAAAUCUCAACUCUCAAAAGACAUUCUGGCUGGGGUAUUUGGUGGUUUAUGGUAAUAGGUUUUGAAGUUUUCAGUUUUUGUUCGACAUGAGGAGCUUAGGAAGAUACCAAAUACUGCUUUACUUGUCUGUGGGUUUGGUUCUUCGACUUUUUGAUGCAUUAACAGAGCAUCUUACAAUUUUGUUACCAUUUUCACAAUGUUGCUGGUGAUUAUUUAUGGAACUGAGAGAUUGUGCUGUAUCACUCUACUCGAGGAUCGUCAUGGCCGUGACUUUGAUUAUAAUGACAGCCCACAUACUGUAAAGCCUUUUAAGGAAGCAUACUAUGUACUUGAUUUCCAUUGCUAUUCCUUUUACGGAAGCAUAUUAUGUACCAAAUUUUGACUACAAAAUUUAAUUCAACGAUGAGGGUUUUUUUUUU